AUGUCAGGUGCUGAAAAAUUUUCUUGUCGUGAUUCACUGCCGACGGCUGUGGAGCGGCGCUCCCAUGUCGACACUUCCGGUUCGUAGCAGAUACUCGCAUGCCAAUGUCGUAACCCGGUGCGACGAGGUUGACGUGUAGGCGUGGCGAGGCGGUUACAUCAAACUCGGUUCGCUUGCUGCUUGAGCAUUAGCCCCACGGCUUUGGGCGACGUCGCUUAUCUCGUUGUGCUUUUCGAAUCGCGUCAGAUAUCGUUGGACUCGAUUGGAUUUCGUUAGCGGUAGUGUGGGCUCGAGGCUGUUGGUCUGCUUAGCUAAACUCUUUUCCGUUUGGUGACCGAUGGGUGCGGUUUCAAGCAAGGAGGAUCAUUGCUCGGUGGUUUUUGAUGAUCUGAGCUUUUCUAAGGAAUACUCGAGCGUGCCGGAGUUCAGAGAUCGCGGAGACGGAGAAGAAGAGCCUUCAGAGAUGACGUCGUCGAGUACCAAGCUUCAUGCUGCCGGUGGGCUAGAAUCCGAUUCGGGAGAGAGUAGUAAUACGAGAGAGGACGAUAUCGACGAAUACUUGGAAGCGGCGCUCGAAGAAAUGGACAAGGAAGAGAAUGUGAUUACAAACGGGGAAUCCCCUUCGCGCAGCCGCAACAUGAAGGGUGGACAUCAGGGAUCGGGAAGUGGUCGUCCACCUCACAGCGUGGGGGAGUUUUCUGUGCCAUCUGAUAGCAGACCACCCGAGCAGCUAGAUGGUGAGAGUUCAACCCCUCAGACAAGACAACAACAACAACAACAUUUGUCUACUCCAUCUCAUCAGUUGAUAUCACAACGGCUAGAGAGCAACAGAAAUAUGAUGUCCGUCGAACGUCCAGUUAACGUCCGAGAUGCCAGACAGGCUGCGGUCACGUUUGCCAACCAGUCGAGAGGAAUGCAAGCCGCUGCUCAUGGAGAUAUCGACCUUCUGCAACGACUUGUCCUAGACAAAGACAUCGACUUUGCUUCUACAACUCGAGACAGUCACGGAUCGACGCCCAUUCACAAGGCUGCCGAGGGAGGACACUUGGAUUGUUUGAGGUGGCUCAUUGAUCAAGCUCCACCUGAAGCGGUUCACAUCCAGGAUGUCGACUUCAUCACACCUGCAUUAGUUUCCAUCACUAAUGGCCACAUUGAGUGCCUGAAGAUCCUCGUUGAAGCAGCUGAUGGAGAAAUAGAGACGUUUGACAAGGGAUUGACUUUAUUGCAUCAUGCUGCUUAUCACGGACAGGACGAAUGUUUAUCAUUCUUGCUUUCAAAAGUCAAGGAAACCCAGAGCAAUGGCAGCAUGUCUUUGGCUGAUGACACUGGCGUCACACCAGCUCAUAUAGCAGCUCGGCAGGGGCAUCUCCAUUGUUUACAAGUGCUGGUAGAAGCGAACGUGGAUGUGACCAACGAAGAUGAGGAUGGACAGACGCCUAUAGACUGGGCAAAUCAAGCUGGGAGACGAGGCUGCUCCCACUACUUGCUCCUCGUCGACUCGUGUCACACGUUGUCAGCGACCGUUUCGAAACUGCAGGGACAGUUGGGGCGAGUAAAAGACGAGAACAAGCAGUUGAAAGCGGAGUUAUCUCAGGUUCGUCGGUCUCAAGCUUCAUCAGAACAGCAGAUUCGGAGAGAAUGUGAAGAAACUAUUGACGAGGUGAGAAAAGAGUAUGUAGACAUGACUGUAAGAUUAAUACAAAAGAUUGACAGAAGCCAGAAUGCAAAAACACAGCCUGUCGACGAACGCGUGAUCUCUGCCGAACGAAAAGCCGAUGAAGCAGCUGCCGAGGCUCGUCAGCUGCACAGGAGACUACAAGAUGCUUACAGACGUAUAGACAGUUUGAUGAUAAGUAGCAGAGAAAGCAGUCAAAGUCCGUCGAGUCAUAGCAGUCCACUUCCAACAGGCAUAGAAGCAACUCCGCUACUAAAGGAGUACCUCUCGAGGAUGACUCAUCAAGUACCACAAGGACACACCUCCAAGCCUGCUGUUAAUGAUCGCCCUGCCUUGGAUGGUCAACUAAACAAUGGAGGCACAGCAGGAACGAUGGUGGGAAAACCGAACCCGCCCCCACGAUUUGACAGCUGGCAGAAAUCUCUCGCACUGCAGAGAGUAACCGACAGCUCAGAAUGGUCCGAUCAAGGCCUACAUGGCAGUAGCAAUACUCUACAAAGCUCAGGUUCAAGCGUGGAGAUCUGAUACAACGAGGAUGGUCACAGUGUUGUGUUCGUACCGAUACUUAUCAAAUUAAGUGCUUUUAUUGUAAUGAUUCCAUAGAGACAGUUUUAGGCCACAGUCCUGGAGACUUGUGCAAUCCGUCGGGGAUUGUUAAAUUAUUGACAAGGAAUAACUAUUGCAGGCCAAUUUCUUGCUUUGAAGUACAGCAACAUAAUAUACUACCUAUAACUCA